AUGGUCACAACCUCUAGUAUUAGAAGAUCCCUUGGCGAAGUUGGUUUAUCUGCCUCCUUGCUCGCCGGACCUGAAUCCGAUCGAAAAUAUGAAGGAGAUCCUGACCAGGGUUUUUAUGUCUUCCUAUUAAUACAGUGGGCGCAAAAGAAGAAAAUUCUACAGGCCAUUUUGGCUACGCAGGUCUAA